CUGGUCACUAGUCUCGAGGACAGAAGCACUCCCGCGAGGAAACAGAAGCCAAAACAGCUGGACCAGCUCGGUCCUUUACUCACACGUCUUUAUCAAAACAAGAUGAGCAAAUUAUUUUUGUUGCUUCUCUUCUGUCACGUUUCAUCACCAGUGAAACACUCCCUGAAGUAUUUCUUCACAGCAUCUUCUGGAGUCUCAGACUUCCAGCUUGUGGGUACAGGACAGGUUGAUGGCGUUCAGACGGGUUACUGCGACAGCAACAAAAAGAUAGCAGGAGCAACACAGGACUGGAUGAAAAAAAUAUUCGAAGAUGAUCCUCAGCACUUGGAGCGGUACACCCAACAGUGUUUUGAGAAUGUGCCAAACUUCUUCAAAGCCACGAUUCAUAGUUUGAAGCAGGACUUAAACCAAAGUGGAGGUGUCCAUGUUUUACAGAGGAUAUGUGGCUGUGAGUUGGAUGAUGAGACUGGAGAGGUUAAUAUUUUUGUACAGUAUGGUUAUGAUGGAGAAGACUUCAUGUCAUUCGACCUGAAGACAUUGACAUGGAUCGCUCUGAAACCACAGGCUGACAGCGUCAAACUGAGAUGGGAUGCUGACAAAGCUGAAAAACAUUACAAUGAAAAUUACCUCACUCAGAUUUUUGCUGAGUGGCUGAAGAAGUAUGUGGCCUUUGGGAAGAGCUCUCUGCAGAGAACAGAGCUUCCCUCAGUGUCUCUCCUCCAGAAGACUCCCUCCUCUCCAGUCAGCUGCCACGCUACAGGUUUCUACCCUGACAGAGCCGUGAUGUCCUGGAGGAAAGAUGGAGAGGAGUUUCAUGAGGAGGUGGAGCACGGAGAGAUCCUCCCCAACCACGAUGGAUCCUUCCAGAUGAGUGUUGACCUGAACCUUUCAUCAGUCACACCUGAAGACUGGAGGAGGUACGACUGUGUGUUUCAGCUCUCUGGUGUAGAGGACGACAUCGUCACCAGACUGGACAAAGCAGUGAUCAGGACCAACUGGGAGAAGCCCAGUGACAUGACCGUCCCCAUCGUUGCUGCAGUGGUUCUUGUUCUCGUCCUCAUCGCUGCCGCUGGAUUCAUUGUUUACAAAAGGAAGAAAGCCAAAUGCCCUCCAUCUUCUCCUGACAACGGCUCUGAGCUCUCUGAGAGACUGAAUCAGAGACCUGAUUGACAAACAAACUGAAUGAGUUUCCUCUUAUGGGAUGAACAAAGUUAACACUUUAACAUGUGAAAUUCUAAAUCUGUUUUAAAAAAUGUUGAUAGAUUUCUUUUCAUGAAUCUUUAUUAGGGGUCCAAGCAGCAAAGCCCUAAAAGUAUCUGGGUCUCAGAAACUAUAACAGCUACAGUUCCCAAACUCGGCAGCUGCUCCUCCUACACAUUUUGAACAAUCAACAUCAUAAUUUUCACAUAGCAUAUCUGGACCAAUCCAGGAAAAAGAAAAAAAUCAACUUUUUUAUAUUUGGUACGGUUUGGACUGAUUGCCUCACUGCAACCUAUAGUCAAUUCAGAAGUCUGUUACUCAAUAUUUUUGAAAAUAUGCAAAAUCAAUUAACAUCUAUAUCUCCAGUCUUCAUUCAAAUGCUACCAAAAUUAACACAGACAUUCUCUGGAUGGUAGAUAUUAUGGUGUCAAACAGUGAGUCCACAGUGAUAUUCAAUAUCUUGCUGUAAUUUGUACUGCAUGCACAACAUUUUCUUUUUUGCUCAGUGUUGGAUCAAAUGUCACCGAAAUAUUUGACAAUACACCCGAAACCAGCAGAAUGAUGUAUGAUUUUUUUCAGAAGAUUCUCACCAACAUUUUGACUGUUGUAAGUGUUUUAUGUUUAAACACGUGUGAUGUCAUUGCCUCAACAUGUAAGAAGGUUAGUAGAAACUACGCCUCUGCUACUACUCUUCUCUUAAUAAUCAUUAAGUGAACUUGAUUUGCCUGACAUGCAUAUGUUUUUACUAAGCAUUUAAAGUGUAGUACAUUAAACAAUAAAUAGGAUGUGAAAAUAAAUACUAAUUAGGGCUCGGAUCAACUCCGGACCACACUCCUCACUGCUGUCUGUCACCCUGCCAAACUCAGAAUACACUUUGUAGAUUAAUGUUGUGAAUUGCUAUUUAAAAAUGACUAUCCACUUUGAUAUUAGCAUUAUAAUAUCUAGUCAUGUUGAUACACUUGAUACUUUGUCGUCAUGCUUUUAUCUCACCAUGUGUAAUAUGGGCCAAACUCAAACUUUGCCUAAAACACUGGACAAAGGUGUAAAUAAACUUCUGGAUAAUUAUCUUUCCAUCCACAUUGUGAACAUAAAACAUAUUCUAAUCGAAAGGCUCAGUUUGUCCAUCAGGCCCUGCUCUUCACUGGUUUUCCCCUACUUUAAGGCUAGAUGCUAUGUUUCCAUUGGAACAUUUAUCUCAGGGUUCAGAACAUGUAAUAUAUGCUGUCAUUCAUAUGCUGAAAACAGGCAGCUGCAAAUUUUUCUCUCCUCUGGUGUCCUCAGUCCAAUAAACAAGCUGCUGAACUGGACUCAUAAUAGUCAGCUGCCACG